UUUUCACCUUGGGUGGCUCAUGGUAAGUGCCGGAGGGUUCAGCUUUUUUUAAACUUUACAAAGGCAAAGAACAAAGGUAAGAAAGUUCUGCAGGGAGACCCCUGGUUUGUUCUUUUUUGAGAGUGUCACCCCCCCACACCCCCACCCCUUCUCGACGACAGUACCCCAACAGCAGAGGCAGUUAUAGAAAACAGGCCACAAAGCUUCAGUCUUCAGUGGCAGCCAUGUCGUAGGGUAGGUGGGCCGUCUGCAUCAUCAGGUGGAGCUCACAGGAGCCACUUCCUGUCACCAGAGAGAGCUCGGAGCUUCAAAGAAGCAGCAGCGUCACUGAGGCCCGCAGCACAGCUGCGCAUAGAGGACUUUCAGCACUGCUCCCCUCUGCCCAAGCACCUAAACAUCUAACCUGGGACCUGACUUGGUAGGAUUGUUUCUGGUAAAACUUCUUUUCAGGGUAACCAAGAGACUAAGACCAGAGAUAACUUCAAGAACAUUUGGAAAGGAAGUAUGGGGCAUCAGAAGACUGGCGCAUUGGCGUUCUUUGUCUUAAUGCUCUCUCCUGCAGAGGCGUCAAGCGGACUGUACGACCCCAGAUUCUGCUACAUCCUAGAUGUGUUCCUGUUAAUCUACGGCAUCAUAAUCACAGCCUUGUUUCUACGUGAGAAAUUCUGCAAGCCCAAAGGCAAAGUGGAGAGUGAGUCUGAUUAUCAAGACCUGAAGGGUGUCCGAUCCACCUAUGAUGGACUGAGACAGAGAGACCCUGAGAGUGGACGGGCCCGUGGGGGUCGCAGAGACAUGGAGGACACAUAUACGCGUCUGCAGAAGAAGACAGACGACACAUACAAAGAGAUCCAAGUGAAGAAAGAUCGUCGUCAAAAUGACCAGGUGUACCAGGGUCUGAGCUCCGCCACUAAAGACACCUACGAUUCACUGCACAUGCAGCCUCUGCCUCCACGUCGCUAAUACCAGCAGCUAUUAAGUAAAGUUCUGUUCUAACAGUUAUUAUAGUGCAGUCCAUCCAAUAACUUGCGUUACUGAGGAAUGCAGAAUCUUUGCAGAGUAAGUUACCUGUUCCAUUCAUGUACAUUAGCCUUACUCCAUCUUAUGCUAUUCAAAUUUGGCUGGUCUGAUGUUUUUGAUUUGAGCUGUCUGGUGAGUCCAGAGUGAACUGGGCAGUGUUUGAUAUGGUUACAGAAUUUUGAAUCUACUGUAAAUACUGUUUGACCAGUGAUACGAUUCUAAUACUUUUCACCCCGUGAUGUAAGACCUGAUACAAUGUCCUUCUACAGUUUACAAAAACCUUAAAACAGGACCUAAAUGUACAUAGAAAAGCCAACAAGGUAGUUUAUUAUGCUUAAACUAACUCAAACUGUAACGUCCCUAAGCACGGACACUCAUUAAUUGACUCUUUUUUUUUUUUUUUGAAUGGCAUGUUUAUUUCCACACAUCUGUGCAGUAUUUUAUGAGGUAACAUUCUUAGUUUCAUGUGGUUGAUGGUUUGCCAUACGACAUAUAUGCUUACUAAAACUAGCAUAUGAGCACCAAACUAGUUUCCAUCCAGCUAUAGACGUUUCUGUUUGCACAAACUAGCUACUGUAUAUCGUUAUGAGGGUCAUGAACCUAUUUUAGCACAGACAGAACUACUUAUUUGGCUUUUGCUUACAUAUUUUUUAAGAUUUUUUUUUUUGAACUGAACUUAAACUGAGAAUAUCUAUACAUUUGCUGUUAAAUUGCUUUACUUCUCCUGAUUUUGUUGUAUAAAAAUUCCUUCUCUUGUUGUGCUUUGUGCAUAAUUUUAGCAGUUAUACAGUGUAACCUGUGUAUGCAGUUCUAUAGUAAUGCAUUUUUAUAUUGUUACAGACCUGCAAAAAGACAUUUUAAGAAAGGCAGUAGACUACAAUAUCAGGCCAUUUUAUGAGCAAAAGUCUUAUAUGAGCCUUCCUUAUGUGCAUUGUGUUGUUUUGUAAAGAUUGACCAUUUUUACUCCACAAUAAAAUGAAACUCAUUCCA